AUGGCCAUUAUUCUACUACUAACUAGCAGUAUCGUCCUAUCGAUUUUGAAACAAAAAUCAACAAUAUCGAAAGCUACGCUUAUUCCAAAUGAUAACUCACAAGCAUCGACUAUGCAAAAUAAACUAGAUGAUGAUAAUCCGUACGGAUUUCAUCCAUUCUAUCAAGCUCAUAAACGUGUGCAGUUUCAAAAUCCUCCAACAUAUAAUCCAUGCCGUGAUAUCGACCCAAGUAGAACGUUACUAUUAGCUGUUUUAUCACGUGCUAGCAAUGUACAUAUACGCGAAGCGAUUCGACAGACAUGGGGUGCAAUGAGAGUUUACAAUAAUAUCGAAAUACGUGUUUCGUUUAUUGUCGGUGUGGAUGAUGGAAUGCUCAAACAAAUUGAAAUGGAACAAUCGAUCUAUCACGAUGUCAUUCAAGUGAAUUUACCUGAAAAUUAUCCUGUUGUAUCUUAUAAAGAAUUGGCUGCCUUAUGCUGGAGUCGGUAUUUUUGUUCAAAUAUUCAAUAUAUAUUCAAAGCAGAUGAAGAUAUUCAUUUAAAUAUUCCCUUGUUAACAAGUCUUGUUUCGAAUUAUAUGAAAAAUGAAAGUAUAGCAGAUACUCCAUUGAUCAUCGGUUGGUUUAGACACAAGUCUCGUGUUGAUCGUUCUGGUCGAUACAUAGUUACCGAAGAAGAAUACCCAGGAUUUUAUUAUCCACCGUAUACAUUCGGUAUUGGAUACUUGCUAACUAAAGCAGGACGUGAUAAUCUAUGUGUAAGUGCACAGCGACCACAUCCGGUAACACGUGUAGGUGACGCUUACAUAACGGGUAUUCUUCGUGAUCACGCCAAAGUUAACUAUGGACGUUUUGGUGAUGUUCAUUAUAUCUAUUCUUACACACUCAAUGGAGCUCGCUGUCAGGAAUAUUUCACAUAUGAUCCUAAACUAUUAAUUUGUAUGUCAAGUGUACAUUCCGGAUCGAGUGAUGUGGCUGAUGAAUAUGUUCAUGUUUGGAAUAUCAUACUCAAAGAAGAUAAUGAUGCAUUAGAUGAUCAAGAAUAA